GUAGAGGCCACCAAUUAAGGAUCAGGACUCCACUGUAUGAGGCACUUGUACAAACAGAUGAGAACAUUUCCUACCUGAAAAAGAGAUGACAAUCUACAUAAGAGUAUGGAUUUAUUUUCCCCCAGGAUCCUCCUCCUUUUUCUUUUUCUAGCAUAGCAAGUCAUCUUUAAAUGGCUUAGCAGUUUCACACUGUUUUGAAAUAAUUUUACAAUUUUCUGUACAACAAUGGAUGUUAAUGGCCGGACUUUGGGACAUCAUUUACUGUUCUCACUCAAUAAUUCCCCCGCCUUCCCCUGUAGGUAUGAGUGGCAUACACAACGAAAUAACAAUGGUAACACAAGAUGAUUAACAGGAAACACCUUGACAAUAUCAGUGAACUCCAUGAAGAUAUUAGUGAACUGAAUGAAAAAAUUAGUGGACUUCAAAGAGAACUUGCGAAUGUGACCCUGGAUCCAAACACAGCAAAUGCCCAGCUCAUCGUGUCUGAGGAUCGGAAAAGCGUGAGGCGUGGAAUUGCACGGCAGGAGGUGCCGGACAAUCCAGAGCGAUUCCAUUCUUUCUGUUUGCUGGGCUGUGAGAGGUUCACCUCAGGGCGACAUUACUGGGAGGUGGAGGUGGGAGAUGGAGGAUUUGGGGCUGUGGGUGUUGCCAGAGAGUCUAUGAGGAGGAAGGGAGGGAUCAGAUUUAACCCUGAGCAGGGGAUCUGGGCUGUAGAGCAGUGUGGGGAUCAGUACCGGGCUCUCACCUCCCCGGAAACUCCCAUGCCCCUGAGUGAGAGACCUAAGAAGAUUGGGGUUUAUCUGGACUAUGAAGCGGAGUGGGUGGCAUUUUAUAAUACUGGUAAUGAGACCCUGAUCUUUACUUUCAUGUCAGCAUCUUUCACUGGGGAGACAAUCCUUCCCUUCUUCUGGGUGGGGAUUGGAGUCCCGCUCAGAGUCUGCCCCUGAGGCCUGGAGAUGGAGAGGUAGCAAUAUCCCACUGGGGUUCACUCUGAUUAUGGACCAGAAAUGGACUGAACUAGUUGUUGUCCUGGGGACAGC